ACAGACUCUUCUGCCAUCCACCGUCUUUGCAAUGCUCUACAAUCCGCUUCUUGUCCUUAUAGUCCUCCUGGCCGCCUCUGCCACCCCUGCCGCCUCUGAAAAUCCCUUUGAGGGAAAGAACUUCUAUGCCAACUCUAUGUACGCCUCUAAGCUCGAGGAGACCAUCAAGUCGUUCUGCGAAGAGGGUGACUUGGUCAACGCUGCGAGAGUAGAGACUGUGCAACGUACAGGAACCUUCGGAUGGAUCACCUCUUUUUCUGGGGUGAGUAGGGUGCUCCAUUCCAUUUUAUACUUCCCUUACUGAUAGGAAUAGAUCGCAAAUGUCCCGGUGUUUAUAAAUGAAGCCUAUGAGCUCCAGGAGAGCUUGGGGAAGCCCCAAAUUGUCGAGCUUGUUGUCUACAACCUCCCUGAUCGUGAUUGCUCUGCGAAGGCUUCCAGCGGCGAAUUGAAUUUGGCCCAGGAUGGACUCAACAAAUACAAGCAGUUUGUCGAUAGUAAGUGGCCCUCUUGUGGAUAGCGUGUGGGAUUAGCCUAAAAAAAUAGAGGCGUUGCGGAGGAGCUUUGCACCUCUAAAGCCGAGGAGCUCAGCUUUGCUAUCGUUCUCGAACCCGACAGUCUUGCAAACCUGGUGACCAAUAUGGGCGUCCCUAAGUGUGCCGGCGCAGCUACCGCGUACAAGGAAGGAAUCGCAUACGCCAUCUCAAGGUUGCAAUUCCCUAACGUACACCUCUACAUCGAUGCUGGGCACUGUGGAUGGCUGGGAUGGGACGACAAGCUUUUGCCAGCGGCCAAGCUUUUCGCGGAGGUCCUCCAAUUGGCAGCAGGAAACUCAACCGCUAAACCCAAGGUCCGCGGCCUUGCGACUAACGUAUCCAACUACAACCCAUACAUUGCUGACCCCCGUGACAAUUUCACGCAAAAGAGCAAAAGCUGGGAUGAAUCUCACUAUGUCAACAACUUGGCCCCUCAUCUCGAGAGCGUCGGCUUCCCCGCAAAAUUCAUUGUCGACCAGGGCCGUUCUGGAAAAUCAGGCAUCCGCCAGGAAUGGGGUCAGUGGUGUAAUAUCAAGAAUGCUGGGUUCGGAACCAGACCUACCACUUGUACCGGUAGUGAUCUUGUUGACGCUUUUGUCUGGGUUAAGCCAGGCUCGUCCCUAAUUAUCCCCUUCGCAAUCAGUGCAACGAUGCUAAAUCUUUCCAGGUGGUGAGAGUGACGGAACCAGUGACCCGAAAGCUGUCCGCUUCGAUAAGAGGUGCGCGGGCCCAACGUCAGAUACCCCGGCACCAGAGGCUGGAGCUUGGUUCAACGACUAUGUCAAGAGACUGGUCUUGAACGCUAACCCGGAGCUUCCAAUUGCUUUGUGGGAGGGUUGAGCUAUGUUAGAGUGUGUUGACAGAGCUCGGAACUUGACGAAGGCUUGAUAGUAGCGAAUGAUCAAAAUUUGGUCCCUAUUACUC